UCUAAAUUCCUUCUUUUUUCUAUUUCAUCUCCCUAAUCUCUUCCCAAUUCUCUUCAUUGCUCAAGGAUUCAAGAACUCAUGGCGGACUCGUUACGAUAUCUGAUCGUCUCGGUUGUUCUAUCGAUUACCAUGUUAUUCAUUCAUACCUCGGCCUCAAGUUCGUCUCACUCAAGGCGAGCUCUACGGCAACCUAAGUUGCCUAGUGAUGGUUUCCGAGUGAGUCUUAACCAUGUGGAUCAUGUCAAGAAUUUGACGAGAUUCGAGCAGUUGCAACGAGGAGUGGCACGUGGGAAGACUAGAUUGCAUAGACUAAACGCCAUGAUGUUGGCUGCCAACGUCGGUGUUGGUGGUCGAGUGCAGGCGCCGGUGGUGGCGGGUAAUGGUGAGUUUCUUAUGAAGUUGGCUAUCGGAUCUCCGCCGAGAAGCUUCUCGGCGAUCAUGGAUACGGGGAGUGACCUGAUUUGGACACAGUGUAAGCCUUGUCAACAAUGUUUUGAUCAAGCUACGCCUAUUUUUGAUCCGAAAGAAUCUUCUUCUUUCUCUAAGAUUUCUUGCUCGAGCGAGCUCUGUGAUGCUCUCCCGACAUCGACAUGUAGUAGCGAUGAGUGCGAGUAUUUCUACACGUAUGGUGAUUAUUCCUCAACCCAUGGCGUUUUGGCUGCUGAGACCUUCACUUUUGGAGAUUCAAGCCAAGACCAGGUAUCGAUUCCUGGACUUGGAUUUGGAUGUGGAGACGACAACGAAGGGGACGGGUUCAGCCAAGGCGAGGGGCUAGUGGGUCUCGGCCGAGGACCCUUAUCGCUAGUUUCUCAACUAAAAGAACAGAAGUUUUCGUAUUGUUUAACCGCCAUUGAUGACACGAAACCAAGCUCACUUUUGUUGGGAUCUCUAGCAAAUGUGAAACCUAAAGCAUCCGAAGGUGAAAUCAAAACCACCCCAUUGAUAAGAAACCCAUCUCAGCCAUCUUUUUACUAUCUUUCUCUACAAGGAAUCUCGGUUGGUGGCACUCAAUUACCAAUACCAAAGGCCACUUUUGAGCUCCAUGAUGAUGGGAGUGGUGGCGUUAUCAUAGAUUCAGGCACAACAAUCACAUACAUUGAGAAAAAUGCUUUCACUUUACUCAAAAAAGAGUUCGUUUCUCAAAUGAAACUUCCCGUUGACGACUCGGGUACCAGUGGUCUCGACCUUUGCUUUAACUUGCCUCCCGAGACAACUCAGGUGGAGGUUCCGAAGUUGACGUUCCAUUUCAAAGGUGCCGAUUUGGAGCUUCCGGGGGAGAAUUACAUGAUCGGUGACUCGAGGGCAGAGUUGAUAUGUUUGGCCAUUGGGAGUUCGAGCGGAAUGUCCAUCUUUGGGAAUCUUCAACAACAAAACAUCAUGGUUGUUCAUGAUCUUCAAGAAGAAACUGUGUCGUUUUUGCCUACUCAAUGUAGUGACAUAUGAAAAGGUUGAAGGGAAUUUGUUCAAUCAAAAUGGAGUGAAAUGAUAGAUUUAAGAUUGUUUAUAUUAUUAAUUCAAGCUAUUCAAUUUGUAAGUUUAUUAAGGGAUUUUAGAACUUGUAUUGAACAAGUUAUAUGCAUGUUAAUGCUAUUGAA